GCGACGGCAGCCAGCGAAAGCCACGUGACCUCGCUUCACUGGGUGCCGCGGUCAUGUGACUUCGGGAAGAUGGCUGCCCUGACAGCGGUGCAUUUUGCAGCGCUCCAGAGCCUGCUCAAGGCCUCCUCAAAAGAUGUUGUCAGACAGCUGUGUCAAGAGAGCUUUUCCAGCUCAGCCCUUGGCUCGAAAAAACUCUUGGAUAUUACAUGUUCCAGCUUGUCUGUGACCCAGGAGGAGGCAGAGGAACUGCUCCAGGCUCUGCACCGCCUCACUCGGCUGGUGGCAUUCCGUGACCUGUCCUCUGCCGAGGCAAUUCUGGCUCUCUUUCCAGAAAAUUUCCACCAAAACCUCAAAAACCUGCUGACGAAGAUCAUUCUAGAACAUGUGUCUGCUUGGAGAACCGAAGCCCAGGCAAAUCAGAUCUCUCUGCCACGCCUGGUCGAUCUGGACUGGAGAGUGGAUAUCAAAACCUCCUCAGACAGCAUUAGCCGCAUGGCCGUCCCCACCUGCCUGCUCCAGAUGAAGAUCCAGGAAGAUCCCAGCCUAUGUGGAGACAAACCCUCCAUCUCAGCUGUCACCGUGGAGCUGAGCAAAGAAACACUGGACACCAUGUUAGAUGGCUUGGGCCGCAUCCGAGACCAACUCUCUGCCGUGGCCAGUAAAUGAUCUAGCCAGCUGCCAGGGCCACUGCCGUGACCCAGCUGCUCAUGAGCGAUAAAUGUCUCCCCACAUGCAGGCUGCCCUUGCAGCUGCAGCUGACAACAGGCAGGAUGGUGGGGACAGCAGGGGGCUACUGCCAUCCAGAAGUUACAGUUGGAUUGGGAAGAAGCAGCCAGAUCCCCCGCGGUUCUCCUCACUCAUCUUUCUCUUUCUGAAGCUGGAGAGCAGAAGCCCCCAUCUUUGAAAAGCUCCUGAGUGCAACUUAAUUACCACCAUGGCAGGGGGAGGGAACAUUUGCAUCGUCAGUUGCCUGUGCAUAGCUGUUUGGGAAAUUCAGGCCCAAAUCAUGCAGUUUAUCCAAUACGUUUGUUUCCAACAUUAGCUCUAAUUAGUUCAUUUCCAAUCCCAGAACACAUGAAGGGAAUCAGGUGAGAAAUGCCAGCAGUUCCCGCUCCUCUGUCAGGGAAGCCAGGCAGAGCCCACAGAGCAUGGUCCAUCGAGAGUGUUCCCUGAGCUCCCUGCACCACGCUGGAACCCCUCUUCAGUGCAGGAAGUCUGAAAUGGGUACUAAUUCCCUUCUUCAUGAAACCAGGGCCCUCCUUCACCUGAUGCAGCCACUCCUAGGUGAAGAAGUGGGAAUAAUUGGAAAUAAACAACAGUUCUAAACUUUCAUGAUUUUUGUAGCUUCUUUUGUCCCCAAGUUAUGGCCUUUGGCCAGUACUUUCUCUAGUUUUUGAAGAUGAUCCCCACUUCCUAAUUCCCAGCUAAGCCCUUGACCCAUGGUGUGAUAUGAAAUCAGGCAAAUGAAUCUCAACCACCUUCUGUGUUUUCACCUGUUACGUAGAACAAAAGGAAGCAAGGCUAAUCGUCAGUAUGUGCUUGUUACAAGAGCUGUGAUGAAGGCACUCCUUCGAGUUUAACCAAAUGAGAUCAUCUCUGUCAUGUGCCUCACGCUUCACGGGGACUCCAUGUGUGAAGAUCUCCCUUCCCUCUCCAGAUCAUCCCCAUGGCAACAGCUUGCAGCCUGCUGUUCGAGUGCUUUGCUUUGGCAGCUUCUCUGCUAGUUUGUGUACUGAGUGAAUGGAGGAGGUAAAUCCUCAGAUUAAGAAUAUGUUCUCAGGAGUCAGGCAGCCAACGUCAGAAGCCAGCUCUGCUUCUCAGUGGUAAGGUGCUUGACCUCUAGAUCUCAAUUUUCACCCACUUUGUACUUUUUUCCUAAAUUAAAUGAGUAUAAUAGUAGUACCUACUUGAUAGGACUUUUGUGAAAAUUAAAUGAUAUAAUGCACCUAAAAACACUUAGUACUGUUACAACUAAUAGGAAAGGCUUUGAUUAUUAAUGGAUGAGAGUAGAAAGCUUGGUGCCUUUAUUGUCUCAUCUACUAUAACAGAGUUGGUGUGAGAAUUAAUACUCUUAUCCUCCCUUUAUUGACCAGGAAACCAGCUCAUUGAGGUUGAGUCAUCUGCUGGUCAUUAAGAGGUAGACCCCUAUUUCUCUAGCCUGUCUACAACACAGGACUUUGCAAGGAACAUGGAAUUCUGUGACUAGUGCCAUUUGGAAAAUGUUGAAACUGAGGUACAGAUGAGAGAUCUUACCUCUGCCUACCCAGUGGGAUACUAGGAAGGUCAAGGGAAAAAAAUUCCAAGCUCUUCUUUAUCUGCUAUAGGAAGUGAACAUUCAGUUUUUUGCAUGCAAUGACAAGAGGUCACGGACCCCAGAAGUCAGCCCACUACUUCCAAGUUGAGAGCCCCUGGUUGUACCCUCCAGUUGAGCUCACCCUUGUCACAAAUUUACCCCUCUCCUUUCCUUCCAUUCCCCAUGACCUGCAGAGAGAGAUCUCAUAUACCUUUCUCUUGGCCUCCCAUGGGCAUUCAAAAGAAACACUUGAAGCAAGAAGCCCAGUAGAGGUGUCUGGGCAGUUGGACAUUUCCUUUAGUCAGAUCUGUCCGAAUAGAGCCAUCUGGGUACGUGACACAGAGGGCAUUUGAUAAAUAAUUGGAAAAGUCAAUACAAGUUCGCUACCCUU